CAGUGAUCGGUGUUGCUUUGUUUACACAACAAAAUGGAAAUGAUUUCCAAAGUUUUUUUGGUUCUUGCACUUGUGAACUCAAUCAAGAUGGAAGAUGAUUUGGUGUUUGAACUGUUUAACAGUAGAUUAAAUACCCAAUCAUUACAGCUUUUAAAAGUUAGGCGUAAACAGAAGGAAAUAGAGGAACGCAUAGAACAUUUACAAAAUGUACCUCAACAUGACAGUAAUGAGUGCUGUAAAGAACUUUUAAAAAGUAUUGAAGAUAUUCAGGAGACCGGCAUAUCCAAGAAGGAGGAAGAUUUUUCAGCAAUGAAAAGGGCAAUCUCAUCAGAAAAGGAGUACGUGCGAAAUUUGGUACUUUCAUUGGAGAAAACAUUGGAAAAUAAAGGUGUAAUUCUGCCAAAAACAGCCAGCAAUGGGGGUGCAGUUAAAGACUUUGAAAAGAAAAUUGAGCAUCAGACGAGUAUAACAUCCAAUCUUUCAAGACAAGUUGAGUUGAUUGGAAAGACAUUAGAUUCCGUCAAAUCAAAGAGCGAAGGUUUUGAAAGCAGGCUUGCAACAAUUAAGACAAAGUCGGAAAGUAUUGACAAACGGAUAGAUACAUUGGAAACAAGCAUGUCGUCACUGAUUCUUUCAUCAGGAAAAGAAAUUAGUUUCUCUGCUCAGUAUAAGCCCCAAGAAGGUCACGUUGCAUCUAUUUUCAAAAAAGGUGUUGCCAUUCCAUUCAGACAGGUGUCUUACAAUGAUGGCGAAGGAUUCAAUGAAUCAACUGGAAUAUUCACGGUCCCAGUUGCUGGUGUGUACCAGUUUAUCUUCUUUGUUGAAAGCUGGCAUCAAGGAGAUGAUAGUUUUACAUGUCAGGAUGCUAUCGUUGCUUUGUUUAUUGAUGGAAAGUCAGUAGCAGCAGCAGUUGCUGACCCAAGGCAUGACAAACAAUUCGGAUCUGGUGGAAAUGUCUAUAUCAAUUACUUCAACAAAGGCCAGAAAGUGCUGGUGGGAACAGCGAGUACUUGCGAACAGUACAUCAUCUUUGGUUACCGAACCACAUUCAGUGGCUUUCUCUUGUAUUGACUUGAUAAAUAAGAAAUGCAAAAGGAAUUGUGUUUAUCAAAUCAUUAUCAUCAGUAUUGUUCUAUACUACAUUUAUAGGUUAUCUCAUGUAAUAGUCAUUUCCCUGUUGGAACAAUAAGUGCACAUCUGUUAAGAUUUUGUAUCAAGCGUUAAACUGUUGGUAGCUCAUUUUUGUAUUAGAAUUCUGAACGCCCUUAAACUUUUGAAUAGACUAUUUAAAAUACAAAGCACAUAACACAGAUUCAGCAGAUUCAAGGUUUAUAAUUUCAUGUUUAUCUCAUACCCGUGUAGUUUCUCAUACCCGUGCCAUUUGUGCGACUUCGUAAUAUGGCAUUGCACGGCAGUGCAUUUAUUUUGACGUCAGGAAUGAGAUAAACAGAGGAAAUGCAAAACAGAGUGGUACAUACCAAUAAAACCAUUGCGAACCGCAAUCAUAAUAUAUUAACUAUGUUGAUGGCAUUUCAUUACGUCAAAUUACAUCACAGUUUAUGAAGAAGAUUAACUAAAGAAAUUCUUGCUUAUUGUCCUAAUUUUGCGCAUUUGACACAGUUUUACUCACAUUCUUUUACUUUUAUUGCAUCUUAAUGUUUAGUAUUCAGCAUGCAUGCUUAUUCGUUUACUAUAUUUAUCAUUUUAUAUUGACUUGUAGACAAUUCUAUGUAAAGUUUAAAACAAACACAUUAAAUUCAAUAAAAGGCCAAAAGGGAAAAAAAUGAAAGAAAAUAGUAAGAAUAUUCAUAAUUUUUCUUCAUCCCCAAAAGCGUCCCCUUAUUUUAUCAUGUUAAGGUAAUGAAUUUAAAGCACACGGAAUGCUGAUCAUGUGACAAUGAAUCAUUUAGUCUGGAAUAAGAGUAUUAUUCGUACAAAAUACUAAAUCACUACAUGUAUAAUUACUUUACUUAGUUGGUAACCAGCAAAGAACGUUUAUCUACAUGGCCAGGGAGUAAUAAUAAAAUAAAUAUCAUAUAACAUAUAUCAAGAUAUGUGUAUAUUCUCGGUAAAAAGUUAGCUACAAUAUCAAUUCAGAACAGUGUGCCUUUAAUAGUGUGUUAUAUUACCAAUAAAAAUUCAUAUCAUAUUA